UACCCCCAUUCCCUUUUUUAUCCCCAUUUCCCCUUUCCCCCUCCCUCAUCCCACCACUCCAACCUCGGGAGGACCGUGCGGAGCUCCUCCCGCAUUCAGCUCCUCUCUCCCUCUCCCGGCAGCGCAGCAGCGGAGCGGAGCGCUGAGCGGCGGCAGCAUGCGGCCGGGGAAUGUCUGAGGCGGGCGGCGGUGCGGCGGCGGCGGCCUCGCUGCCCCGGAGCCGCGCCGGAGGGAUGCGGGCGGCCUGGGGCUCCGUCUGGUGCCUGUGCCUGGCGGCGGCCGUCGGAGCGCUGCCGGCGGCGCGGCGGCGCGGAGCGGAGCGGAGCGGCGGACAGGCGGCAGAAUACUUGAGAAGCGAGACCGCCUUUCUGGAAGAGUUGGUGUUUGGAAGUGGAGAUACCAUUGAACUUUCCUGUAACACCCAAAGCUCUUCUGUGUCAGUUUUCUGGUUUAAAGAUGGUAUUGGGAUUGCACCUUCCAACAGAACUCAUAUUGGACAAAAACUGUUGAAGAUAAUCAAUGUGUCAUAUGAUGAUUCGGGGCUGUACAGUUGCAAGCCAAGGCAUUCCAACGAGGUCCUAGGAAACUUUACAGUCAGAGUGACAGAUUCUCCUUCGUCAGGUGAUGAUGAAGACGAUGAUGAUGAGUCAGAGGAUACAGGUGUCCCCUUCUGGACCCGGCCAGAUAAGAUGGAGAAGAAGCUGCUGGCAGUUCCUGCCGCCAACACCGUUCGUUUCCGAUGUCCAGCAGGUGGAAACCCAACUCCCACCAUCUACUGGCUGAAGAAUGGCAAAGAGUUCAAGGGGGAGCACAGGAUCGGGGGCAUCAAAUUGCGACACCAGCAGUGGAGCUUGGUGAUGGAGAGCGUUGUGCCGUCAGAUCGAGGAAACUACACCUGUGUUGUGGAGAACAAAUAUGGCAAUAUUAGGCACACGUACCAGCUUGAUGUUUUAGAACGGUCACCCCACCGACCAAUCCUGCAAGCAGGACUCCCUGCCAAUCAGACCGUGGUGGUUGGGAGCAAUGUGGAAUUUCACUGCAAGGUCUACAGUGAUGCCCAACCUCAUAUCCAGUGGCUGAAACAUGUGGAAGUCAACGGCAGCAAGUAUGGACCUGAUGGGACACCCUACGUCACAGUGCUGAAGACAGCAGGUGUUAACACAACGGAUAAGGAGCUAGAGAUUCUGUACUUGCGAAAUGUUACUUUUGAGGAUGCUGGGGAAUAUACUUGUCUCGCAGGGAAUUCUAUUGGGUUCUCACAUCACUCUGCUUGGCUGACGGUGCUACCAGCAGAGGAGCUGAUGGAAAUGGAUGAUUCAGGCUCAGUGUAUGCUGGCAUUCUCAGCUAUGGCACUGGCUUAGUCCUCUUCAUCCUGGUGCUGGUCAUUGUGAUUAUCUGCAGGAUGAAAAUGCCAAACAAAAAAGCCAUGAACACCACCACUGUACAGAAAGUCUCCAAAUUUCCACUCAAGAGACAGCAGGUGUCGUUGGAGUCCAACUCUUCCAUGAAUUCCAACACACCCCUGGUCCGGAUCACUCGUCUCUCCUCCAGCGAUGGGCCGAUGCUGGCCAACGUCUCUGAGCUGGAACUUCCUCCAGAUCCCAAGUGGGAAUUGGCACGCACUCGCCUGACCCUGGGGAAGCCACUUGGUGAGGGCUGUUUUGGCCAAGUGGUGAUGGCAGAAGCAAUUGGGAUUGAUAAAGACAAGCCAAACAAGGCCAUCACGGUGGCUGUCAAGAUGCUAAAAGAUGAUGCCACAGACAAGGAUCUUUCAGACCUGGUCUCUGAGAUGGAAAUGAUGAAAAUGAUUGGGAAGCACAAAAACAUUAUUAACCUCCUUGGUGCCUGUACGCAGGACGGACCACUCUACGUGUUGGUUGAAUACGCAUCGAAGGGGAACUUGCGGGAAUACCUCAGGGCACGUCGCCCACCUGGCAUGGACUAUUCCUUCGACACCUGCAAGCUGCCCGAGGAGCAGUUGACAUUUAAAGACCUGGUUUCCUGCGCCUACCAGGUGGCCCGGGGCAUGGAGUACUUGGCAUCACAGAAAUGCAUUCAUCGUGACUUGGCAGCCAGGAAUGUGUUAGUCACUGAGGACAAUGUGAUGAAAAUAGCUGAUUUUGGCCUUGCUAGAGACGUUCACAACAUCGACUAUUACAAGAAAACCACCAAUGGUCGGCUGCCUGUGAAAUGGAUGGCUCCAGAAGCAUUGUUUGACCGGGUCUAUACUCACCAGAGCGAUGUCUGGUCUUUUGGAGUGCUACUAUGGGAGAUCUUCACUUUGGGAGGGUCUCCAUACCCGGGAAUUCCUGUUGAAGAACUCUUCAAACUCUUGAAAGAAGGCCAUCGGAUGGAUAAACCCGCCAACUGCACCCACGACCUGUACAUGAUCAUGCGGGAGUGCUGGCACGCCGUCCCCUCGCAGCGACCCACCUUCAAGCAGCUGGUGGAAGACCUGGAAAGAGUCCUCACCAUGACAUCCACUGAUGAGUACCUGGACCUCUCAGUGCCCUUUGAGCAAUACUCGCCCGCUGGCCAGGACACCCACAGCACCUGCUCCUCAGGGGACGACUCAGUUUUUGCACAUGACCUGCUGCCUGAUGAGCCCUGCCUGCCCAAGCAUGCACCCUGUAAUGGCGUCAUCCACACGUGACGGCCUCCCCCGGGCAGAUGGAUGGACAGACAGGCAGUGUGCCCACCCUGGCGCAAGCGCAGAGCGCCGAAGACAAACCCAUAGUGAAGGAUGUUUCCAUGAAACUGCUCAGUGAUGCCAGAGGAUUUUUGUUGUUGAGCUGUUCAGGGUAAAAAAAAAAAAAAAAAAAAAAAAAAAAAAAAAAAAUUAAAACAGAUCUUUUUUUUUCCCCCCGUUUGCUGUAUAAAAAGUCAAGAAGCACUGUUUGGCCUGAAGGAACUCAUCUCUUGCCAAGAUGAUCUAUCUUUGUACGAUUUUUUUAAAAUUUUUUUUCUUUAUUCCUAAGCAGAAUGUUAAACCUGAGGGCACUGCCCUCCCACCUGCGCUUGCUGAGCGCCAGAGUAGCCAAUCUGUGCCUACAAUACGAAGAAGAGGAAAAAAAUCUUCCUUUUUUUUUAAAAAAAAAAAAAAAGAAAAGCUAAU